CCGCUCCGUGACAUUAUUUCCUCAACUUUAACCUCUUCUGCACGAGUAUAAAUCAUCUGAUUUGCUUAAUCGAUGACAGUCGAUCACUUACUGUCGUUCACUGAAAACGAGAAACGGAAAAUCAUGAAGUGGUUAGUGUUGCUUGCGUUCGUCGCCAUAGCUGCGGCUGAAUUAUCGCCGCAAAGGAAGGCUGAACCUUUCUUAAGAAAAGUAGCUGAACUGUUUGAAGUUACAAUGGACGAUGUUCAAAAUUGCGUUAACACUACAAAAACCACGGAAGAGGAUAUACUGCACGCGGCCCAUAAAGGAAACAACCCGUACGAAGAAUACAAGAGGAUCUCUUGCCUUAUAGCUUGUUGUGCUAAGAAGCAGGGAAUGAUGGCUGGAAUGGAGGUGAAUGUACCGGUCAUAAUAGACUUUGUUGUCAAAUACCAAAAAUUUGAUACAACUGACGAAUUGAAGAAGUUGCGCCGUACUUUAAUUGCUUGCAACGAAAGAGUGACGGAAGCAAACGAGUGCGAUGCGAUCUACCAAGUCUUUGUAUGCACUUACUUAACUGACCUGCUUGAAUCCUUACACAUGUUGUUCACGGCCCCGUGAGAACGCGGUAUCCUGAGGGUAUCGCUUGAACGCCGGGCCCGCAAUAAAAUUAAAUAUUAAUAUUUUUGUUUUCUGUUUAUGUUACAUGUAUGUAAUAAAUCCACCAUGAAAUGAAAAACUGUAUUUUUUCUAUAAUUAUAAAUUAAAAAUUUCGA